AUGAUAAGUCUAUGCGAAGUCUGCGGAAAUGAAGCAAUUUUUCUCUGUAAGUGUAGGAACGGGAAAUUCUGCAAGCCACAUAUGGACAGGCAUAAAUCAGAGCCUGGGAAUCACCAAGCUGUAGCUAUAUCAGAAGCACAGGAGCCACAGAAACCAGGGAAAAAAUCUGUUUCAUUUAACAGAAACAAUGAUUCGUCACAAGGAGGUGACAAUUCUCGAUCAGGGCAUCAGCUUUCAGAAAAAGAGGUAAGAAAACAAGUGGUCCGUGCCACUUUGGAAAGAGAAAUGAACAAAAUAAUAAAAUUCAGAGAAGACACGUUGGAAUGUAUUGAUUCACAGCAGGAAAGCUAUAUAAGACAAAUUAUUGCGGACACUAAAAAUCUGACUUCAGCUUUCGUUCAAGAAAUUUCUGCAAAAGAAGCAAUGAUUAUUAGUGCACUUAAUGAAUUAGAUAAGCCAGGAGACAUCCCUGCAGGGAACCCUAUUAUAGAGCGCACUAGGGAGCUGAAAGAGCCUGAAGAUUGUCUGGUGCAGUGCUCAGGAGAAGUUAAAGAAGUGAUUUUUGAAAUAAGGGAUUUUAUGACUAUUGAAAUGGGCUGGGCUGCAAAUCCAGUUAUAGAGGACAUUAAAACAUAUUAUCAACAAAACCAAGCAAUAAUCCCAUUAAAAAUGAAGGAUUUGUUCCAAAAAAUUGUUGCUGAAAAGCAUUACACACUCAAAAAAGUCAAUUUAAAUAAAGCUAAAAUUGGAAAAGAAGGUAUUCCUCACCUGGUAAAAGUACUUUCUCUAUUACCACAGAUAGAAAUUCUAAAAUUAGGCAGUAAUGGCUUAGGAUCUGAUGGCGCAGAACCAUUGGCAGAAGCAUUAAGCAAGCUUACUAAGCUACAGAAACUUAUUUUAUUUGAUAAUGAUUUAAGAGGAAGUGGCAUUCAAGCAUUGUCUUCUGCUUUGCAAGAUCUCAAAGAGCUGCAAGUAUUAAGCCUUGCAAAAAAUUCCCUUGGAGCGACUGGAGCCAGACAUAUAUGUUUGGUCCUCCAAGGAAUGGCAAGGCUUAAAGAAGUUGAUUUAGAUUACAACGGCUUGGGAGCAGAAGGCGCAAGAUAUUUGGCUGGGGCUCUUCCUAAAAUGACACAUUUAAAGACUUUGAAAUUAAGAAAUAAUAACUUGGGAGAUGAUAGUGUGAAAUUUUUGAAAGGCGCAUUAGGGAGAAUGAAUAAGCUUGAAUUGCUGAAGCUUGAAAAUAAUCCUAUGGGGAAUGAUGAAAAGAGAACUUUGCAAAAUGUGGUGAGACCUGGAUGCAAGGUGGAGUUUUAA